CUACCAAAUAGCCAGCACUUUGGGACUGUGAUCCCUACCAGCUCUAGACAAAUUACCCCAAGCAGCCCUCUGCAGUUUUCACAGGACAACUGUGCUGAGCUACCCACGCAUACAUAGUUCACCCUAAAACCAAGUAUUAUCUUUUGCAGUUGCUUAUUCCUUAUUUGCAUUAAAAUUAAAAGUUACAUCUAUAAUGGAAACAGUUGGGUCCUGGUGGCAGAAGGAGGCUCUCCAGCAGGCCAUUAAGGAACCAGAAGUGGGAGUACCUGUGGCUGAGACACAAAGCUGGCUGCGACUUCUUGGUCUUUCUUAUGAAGCAUCUAAGAUUAGGUGCUAAAUAAGCAGACUUUUAGUAGUUUUCUGAAGGCCACAUCUUCCAUGUUUCUGUCUUUGUUGUCCUUCCUUGGAAAUGAAGGACAAAUGAGGCUCAGGGAUGCCACUUCCUUUGAAUGGGAUGAACCACACCAUGAGGGAUCUGCAGCUUGGGAGACAACCAUACUCUCCUCGUGGAGAACCAAGCAUAAGCAUGUAAGCAUGUUUUGUCUCAAACAUUCUGACUGUGGUGACAGGAAAGUUGUGACUGUACAAGAGGGUCCUGAGGAGGUGGGGCAGUGCUGUGUGAAGCCAGCUUUCUUUGCUGCCUUGAGACUCAUGCUCAGUGCGCCUGCAUCAAGGCAGGGGUUGAGUCCCGCACUACAAGGCUCCUCACUACUAAGGUCACCACAGACCUCAUUUCCUGGAGGGCUCUAAAGGGCUUAGUAUUGCAUGCAUGAACAAGAGUGCAAAAAUCUGUUUUAUAUAACACAUAUGCACCAGAUAAACCGUAAAAGAAAGUGGAUUGGUCUGUCUCUUCCUUCUCUCUUGCCCCCAAUCCAGACCACCAGGGAACCUGAAAUGUUGUUAGGAUUGGGAGCAUAUUAAAUUGUGAGCUUGUUAGCCAACACUUCUGAAACCUGCAGUUUGUUGUGUGAGUUGGGAGCUUGUUGAAGUUUGUUGUAAAAGUUAAGGGUUAGUCAACACUUUUGAGACUAAGUAUCAGGCUAUUUGCUGGAGUUAACAUGAUGAUACACUAUGACAUAAAAGUUCCCUGACGCAUGGACUGAUGUGUUUGUUCAGCAUCAUGAGAAGUUAUAAAGAACACCGAGCACCCUACCAAGUGGGUCAUGACACCCCAUUCUCUCCUUCCACACGUGUCCUGUUUCUGUUCCCUAGGUAGAUCACAGUGGGAUACCUCCAGCAAAUGUCCUCCUGGACAUUGUGCCCUGAUGGGAGGUGGCAGAUGGCAGGGAGGUAUCACAGACAAUGGGACACAGGAAUCCAUCUCCUGAGAACUGGAUGUACAAGCACGAAGUAGUGGAGACCCUGCCUAUAACCUUGCUGGGAUAGGCAGGGAGACAGAGCCUAUCCAACGAGGAUGCCUACAGCAAUAUAAUGAAGUCCUAUUCUCAGACAUCAGUAAUGGGUAAACUUCAUAUGUAAUUUUCCAACUAUAUUUUAAAGCCCGGUCAAAUUUCUCAAAUCAACAAACUUCUAUAAAAACUACAGAAAAGUUCUCCCAGUAAAAUCUUCUCAUCUUGAGUGUUUUUUGGCUUUUUGCUUGUUUUGUUUUAAAAAUAUUUUUAUUUUAGGAGCUCGGCCCCUAAAACCCUUUUGCACCUUGCGUAUGAACAUGUGUUGAUAAAUUCAAAACUCUUGUUCACUUAGUUCCUUUCCUGGUGACUUCACAAUUUUGAAGUUCUAAUUUAGGGCUACUUAUCACCAUUUCAGUCCAUCAAGAGCACAUAUCUUUUCUUUCAUCUUUCCAUAAUCUUCCACUGUCCAUCUCCAUCAAGUGUCCACUGCUUAUUGUAGAUAAUGAAGCCCCCUCCUCCCAAUCGGCUGUUCCUCUAUUCUGUUGCAGCUGGUAACUUCCACAGCAAUCACUGAUACCUGACACUCCUCAGCUUCCUUAAAACUCAUUCUCCCCCGCCGUUUACAUGCCAUUUCCGCUUCAGUAUGAGCCUGCAGACCCACGGCGUCAUUCCAGACUGUGGGACCUAUCCUCAACGUUAAAAAUUGCUUAGUAAAACUGGGCAGCAGCAGCAGCAGCAACUAAACACUCACGCUUUUUGUUACAAGUGUGUAACCUGUCACUACACGGCUGAGAGAUGUCACCGCGCUAGCUGCCGGCGAUCCCCCGCCGUUCCUGAACUCACCCCGGUAGUACCGUACGCAGCAGCGCGGCUCGCACCGCGCAGCUCUGCCGCGCGUCCCACGCAGGUUUCCAGCCGGCGGGCAGGCCGGAGCUGCCCUCAGCCCUCGGCCGGCCGGGGCGGCACCGCGGGCCCGGGCGGGCAAGGGAAGGGGCGGGGGCGGUGCGGCGCCUCCUCCCGGGCUGCGCUUCCCCGGGCGGCCGGGGAGCGGCGCUGUGUCCCCGCGCCGCACGCCCCGCCCGAGCCUCCCCUUCCCGCGGCCGCAGCCCCGCGCCCGCCGCCGUCGGCGGCAGCGAGUGAGCUGAGCUGAACUGAGCCGAGCCGAGAGAGGUUUUAUUUGCCUAAUUUCCCACAUGAUGGAAUGAAUCUAGUCUUCACCAGCAUGGAUAUGUAAGCCUUUUCAAGAUGGUUAAGAACUGUGGCGAAGAACCAAGUGGAAUGACAAGUGAGGAAACUUACAUUUCUGGCUAAUUCUUCUGCUAAGUUAUUUCAUUACCUGAUGUAAGUCAGCUUUUUUAGGAGGAAGCAGCCACUUCUGCUGAGAUCUGAUUUGUAUAUUAGAAAGUAUGGUUUCCUGACAGAAGAGUGCAUUAUAGUUUUUUACAGCAGAUCAUUAUUAAAUGUGCCGUCAGUGGUGGUUUUGGAAAGAUGAGAAAGAACCCACUGUGGGACAACUCAGUGAAGCUAAAGAUGUCUGCAAUUUCUGUUUGGUCUAUUCCAGUUAGGAGAGCUUUUUUUGUGAUUUUUAAGCUUGGUGCUGUCAGCCCCGUGUGAACAAACCAGAACAAAAAGCACGCCGGGUAUUAGAAAACAAAAUGCCACGGAAGAGGAAAACUGGUGGGAGUCCUUCUCAGAGGAAUGGCAAUGCUGACAGAACUGCUGUUGCUGUAUCCCAGGGGGACCCAAGCCACUUAGUGGCACAAGCAAUGCAUUAUGUCAAUAAGGAAGAGCUCUUCAACAGCAUGUCAGAGAUGUUUUCUGACCUAGAUCCUAGUGUGGUUUAUAUGGUUCUGUCUGAAUGUGAUUUUAAAGUAGAAAACGCUAUGGAUCAUCUUCUAGAGCUGUCCACCCAUGCCAAAGGAGCAGCAUCUUCAAAAACCUUGGGUUUUGAUUUAGCAGCAUCAUCAUUACCUCAUGUUAAUCAGCAAAGAUCUAUUGCAAAUGAAAGAAUGGGGGAAGGUACUGCAGCACAUAGUUAUUCUGGAGCAGCAGUAGACAAGGUCCUGUCACCUGGUGUGCAGCUGACUGGAGAACUGGAUUCCCUACUAGAAAAUGCCUUUCAGAAUUACAGCUUGAGUGAGGAAUCAUUGCCUAAUUCUGCAAAUGACCAAAUAGUACAUGAGCACCCUGUGGAACAGGAUGGUUUUACCAAAUUUCCUGAGUGGGAAAAACCUGAUUCUGUUUGCGAUGUCCUACUUUUUCCACAGCAAGCAGAGACAAAUAAUGAGGUUUUAGAAAACUUCUGCUGUUCCCAGCCACCAGUGAGUCAGCUGAGCAUCCAGACAAGCCCACCAUCUGCAUCAGACAGUUUUGCAGAGAUACUGGAAGAUUCUGAUAUGUUGGAAACACAUGUUCAACAUGAUGUGGCUUCAGAAGUAUAUAAACUAUCAAAUGGAGAAAUAUCAUGUGAAAAUUCUGAUCAGACACAAGAUACUGUUUUGGAUCAAAGUAGUGUGACUGCUGCUUCUUGUGGGUCCUCCCAAAGACCUAUGGCACUUGGAGUAGCUGUUUCUGGAGAUCCUAAUUCAAGGUGCCUGGAACAACAGGAAGAUGCAGUGAUUGCCUUUAGCAGCUACCAGAGUGCUUCUCUUCCAGAGGCGUAUAUCUCUCCUGAAACAUCCAGUUUCAAAACACAAAAACCCGCAGAUAUUCAACAAAUUCAGCAGGGUUAUAACUUAAAUUUUCCUACACCAUCAGGUCAAUCUCAACAACACUGGAAUAUCAUGGCUCCUGUGUUUUAUCCAUCCAGUAGAAGUCACAGCUUUGUAAUUCCUGUGGCUCCCAGUCCAGGGCAGUGGAGACCUGUUUCUGACUGUAGAGCUUCGGAAAAGGGACUUUUUCUUUCCUCCCCAGUGGUUUCAAAUGCCUGGGAUGGCAGCUCUUCUCUGAAGGUAUGGGGAAAUCAAGAUAGAAACUCAAAAUUGAGCCUCCCGCAAGCACAGCAACCACGUGUUUGUCACAUGAUGAGAAAAAAGAUGCAACUAAUAGGUCAAGUACUUGUUCUUCUCAGAGGUGUUCCAGGAUCAGGAAAAUCAUAUUUGGCAAGGAAUUUGCUUGAGGAUAAUCCAGGUGGAAUCAUUCUUAGUACUGAUGAUUACUUUUACAAACAUGGACAAUACCAUUAUGAUCCUGAUUGCUUAGGGGCAGCACAUGACUGGAACAGGAAACGAGCUAAAGAAGCAUUUGAAAUGCGAAUCUCUCCUAUAAUAAUUGACAACACAAACAUACAAGCAUGGGAGAUGAAGCCUUAUGUUGCUUUGGCUCAGCAGUUCAAAUACAAAGUAAUGUUCCGAGAACCAGACACUUGGUGGAAGUUUAAACCAAAAGAACUUGAAAGGAGAAACAUUCAUGGUGUAUCUAAAGAAAAGAUAAAAAGAAUGCUGGAACGGUAUGAACGCUGCCUUACUGUUAGAUCAAUAUUGGACUCUUCAGUUCCAGACAAAUCAGAAGUUGCUGGUUGGAGUGAAGAUCCUUGUCAGGAGGAAAGCGAGAGAAAGAGAGAAGCACAUUCUGACGUAAAGGAAGAAGGUUUUGCUUCUGAGGUGGAGCCUAUUGAAUUAGCUGAAGCUGAUAAAACUUCUCCCGGUAUUUCUCUAACAUUAGAAAGUAGUUGUGACCCUGAGCAUUUUCAUAAAGAGGAAAAAGAAAUUGAAAAUAUGUCAGUGGAACACAAUUCUGAGAACAGCACUGUUCAAGAUGACUUGGAAAUUAAUUUAUCGGAUUGCACCGAAAGAGAGCUGCCCUUGGAGAAGAAAGAAGAAAAGGAAUUAAAAACAGAAGAAAAUACUGAAGCAGAAAUGGAUGAGGUUGAUGUGAUUCCAGCUGAAGAGGCUGUGAACUUACACACAGGUGGAGCUGAGGAACACAGUGAUGACAACAGUCUCAAAGUUCAAACUGUAGUUGAACAAUUGGGCAAAAUAUGUAUGGAACCAAAAUCAACACAAAUGAGUAACACGGUGGAACCAAGCAGUUUGGCUUUUGACGCAUCAGGAAAACCAGAACUACUAAACUUUCUGGGUGACUGGCCCAUGGAACAAACAAUGGGACAGAGAGUCAAAAGAUCUAGAAGAUUAGAAAAAUCUCCUCUGAAGAGUGAUAAGGAAGGUGAAACUCCCAGUCAGCAGCAUUCUGAGAUAGGCAAAGAGCAGGGCCUGCCUGAGACAUGUACUGUUGAGAAAGGACACGAGGACGAAAAGCUACCCUGUAGCUGUUACUCUGUUAGUUCAGAUAAAGUUACACCAGAAUUGCAAAUGUUAGGAUAUUGGCCUGUCUCAGCCUCAUUAGAACAGAGACAGCAAAAGUCAAGGAGAAUGAGAAAGACAAAUUUAAAUCAGUGUGAUGAAGAUAGAAAUAUUGAAGAUGACACUAAUAUGAAUGCUCUUGAAACUGUACAUGUAAUUCAUGGGUCACCUGUGAACACUGAAGAACAACCAGAUACAAGGAGUUUGCCUGUGCACCAAGAUGAAAUAGUAGCUAGUGAAACAGUAAGUGAGGAAAAAUCCCAGGAAAGUAAGAGAGUAAGGAAACAUCACAAAUUAGCCCUCACUUUUACAAACAGCAGCGUGCCACAUCCCAGAGAAGAGGACCAUUUGUCUAAACUUAACCUGGCAGAAGAGAAACAGAAAACAAACUCAUGUAGGCAAAAAAGUAGCCAUUCACAGACUGAAUCACAGGACUUUGCUCUCCUGUGGAGAUUAGAAAAGAAAAUACUUUUUCCUGAGAUGACAAAAAUAUUGCAUGGCAGGUUAGAUGGCUUCAAACCCAAAGACAUAGGUAAUGUCUCAGAUUCUCAGGAAAAAAUACCCUAUCGAGUUACAUAUGAUAAAAGUACUUUUGUGGAGGAAAGUGAGCUUGUCAAUAUUGAUGAGUCUGAAAAACUAGAUACACUCUGUAAGCUCUUUGAGUCUGUUUCAUUUGAAGCUCUGAAAGAUCUGUAUGAAAGAUGUAACAAAGACAUAGACUGGGCCACAGGUCUGCUGUUAGACUCUGAUGAAAAGUUACGUAAAGCUGUUGAUACUGAAAGCUUUCAGGUAACCGAAGCUGGGCCAGUGGUCGCAGACCUUGAUUUAAAGGCAAAUAUAAACUAUGAUGAGAAUCUCAAAGACUGCAAACAAACCCCACAAGUACUUGGGGCUGGUGAUACCUUUGAGACUUUAGAAGGCAAGGACUCAUCACUCAGCAUUGCAGAAAGUAGGGCUGCCAAGACAGCUGUGACAAGUGCUGGUGUUUCUGACUCGUUCACUGCUACCUCAUUGGAUAAUUCAGUGGAACUGAAAAAUUCUGUGGAUUCAGCCCCUAGAACUAACACAAGCAACUCAGCAGCAGGUGUCAUUGAGCUGUCUGUUUCAGGAAAGCAGAAGGGAGGGAGUGACAGUCCUCUUAAAGAAACUGUAAAUAAGCCAUCACUUUUACAACUUGAUGCAGGUUUGCCUCAUGAUCUUAGCACAACUUCUACCAAUUUGAAAUCUGAAUUAAACAAAGAAAGUGACAGUAACCUUUCAGAAAGCAAUGACGAAUAUUCCCAAGGGGCUGGUUUGUUACUGGAAAUAGAUCGUGCACCUCUUCUUGGUCCUCGGAGCAAUAAAGAACUGGAGAUGGAUAAAGAAACUCAGGAGAAUUCUGGGGAGAUAGGUGGUAAAGAGGAAUUUGACACGCCAAGCUGGGCUGCAACUAAAGCCAAGAGACAAAGCCCUAUACCAGCAUCACAUGCAGCCUUCAGUAUAGAUUGCCUAGAACUAACAUUGCCUCCUGAACUGGCACUCCAGCUGAAAGAGAUAUUUGGACCUGUUGGCAUUGAUGCAGGAUCACUAACUGUUGAGGAUUGUGUGGUUCAUAUUGAUCUGAAUUUGGCAAAAGUGAUUCAUGAAAAAUGGAAAGAAUCUAUUCUGAAGCGUCAGAGGAGAGAUGAAUCAUGUAAGUUGUCUGCAGAAGUGUUUCAGCAGAUAGAUGCAGAUGACUCAGAAGUGCUGUUACCUCAGAAUGAAGACAGCAAAACACAGAAGAAAAAAUCGAGCUCGGCUGCAGACACAUCUAAUGAUAUACAGACAAAAACCCCAGCAACAUCAGACGUUUUUCCAUUUAUGGAUCACUGGAAUGCUCAGAUUCAGAAAGUUUCUCUCAGGCAAAUAAUUUCUGAAGAAAUAGCGAUGCAGGAGAGAGAGGACCUGAAUCGUGUUCCUUCUACAGCUAGAAAAGACUGUGCUGCUAAACUGAAGGAGAAGCAACUUUUUGAGAUGUUUCCAACUAUUAAUCAAAAUUUCUUAAUGGAUGUCUUCAGGGACAACAACUACUCUUUAGAACAAACUGAACAGUUUCUGAACUGUGUUCUGGAGGCAGAUCCUGUACAAACAGUUAUAGCUCAAGAAACUGCUCAGCAAAAUGAAGUUGUUUCUUCCUACAGUGCUGCAAAGAACCGUGAGAAGAAGGCAAAAAAAAGUAAGGAAGAGGAUGAUCCUUUAUGUGAAAUGUUUCAAGACUUUGAGUAUCCACAAUAUGAUGAUUUAAGAGCAGAAGCUUUUUGUCACCAGCAAAAGAGACAGGAAUGUUUGAAAAAGGCUGGAGAAGCCUAUCGCAUGGGUAUGAAACCUGUGGCGGCAUUUUAUGCACAUCAGGGUCGCCUUCAUGAGCAGAAGAUGAAAGAAGCUAACCAUGCUGCUGCUGUGCAAAUCUUUGAGAGAGUAAAUACUUCCUUGCUGCCUAUGAAUGUGUUGGAUUUGCAUGGUCUCCAUGUGGAUGAAGCUGUGAAUCAGUUGUCCAGAGUACUGCAGGAAAAAAGUGAAGAGCACCAGCAGAGUGGUGGUAAACCAUAUCUCACUGUUAUCACGGGAAGAGGAAGCCAUAGUCAGGGAGGAGUUGCUCGCAUCAGACCAGCAGCCAUCCGAUACCUCACAAGCCACAACUUCAGGUUCACAGAAAUAAAACCAGGCUGCCUGAAAGUCAUGCUGAAUUGAGGAGUUGUGGAAAGAGGAAUAUAGAAACUGAGGUGUCAGAUGACCACUGGGUAACAGAAAAAAUCCCCCAUGUUUUGAACAACUGCACUGGUAUUUUUUAGUCUGUUUUAAAGGAUGAUAUUUUAUAAGAACUGGUCUCAAUUUACAGCAAGUGGAUUUGUCAAUAUGUUUCCAAUAAAUUUUUGCGUGGAAUAGAACCUUUUUUGAACCUGCAAAAGGAAGAUACUUAAAAGGAUUUGAAGUCUCAGAAAUGCAGAUUAAGAUUUUUGCUGAGAAAUAAAUGAUGUUUUUAACGGAAGUUAAGGUACAGUUUUUAAUAUAACUGUCUUCUUAGCAUACCUAGUCUGCCUUUUGACCCUUGUACAUCUUGAUUGCUGUGGCUUCUGUACUUCUAAAACAUUUUAUCUUGUACAAAAUUAUUUUGUAAUUCAGAACUUUGUGCUAAACCCUUCAGAAGAGCAGAAGAGAGGCUGAAACUGAACAACUGCUGGUAUUUCAAAUCCAGUUACAUAUGAGUGCUGAGUAUUUCCAGAUUUCUUUAAAAAUCUUGUGUCUUUUUAGUGGCUGUGUUAUAAUGAGUUGACCAGUUCUGUUAUCCUUACUUCAUUCUAAACUUCUCCAAAUACUGAAGGAAGUUGCAUAUAAGGCUUGUGCAUUAAGGCCAGCUGUGUGUUUGGUAAUUUGACAGAUUUAGUGUGAUCUCUUAAAGGAAAACCACAAUGCUGUUAUUCAAUUUCUUUUGGAGAUCCACCUACUGGAUUAAAAUAGUUUCUUUCUUUGUGGCUUUUUAAGUGCAGCAAAUGUUGUUUUACUUUACAAGUGUCUAAUAAUGGUGUCUUCAUUCUCUGUGUAUUGUUUGGUGAUUUCCUUGUAGAAAAUAUGAUUAUGAGACAUUUAAAAUGUAUUUUUAACAUCAAAGUGAAUGCUAAUAUUGCAGAAGUAAUUGCCUAACUGGAAAAUCUGGGAGUACAAAAGUUACUCUGAUUUUGGUGGUGUUGCAUCAGCAUCUAGAAAUAUCUCUGUAAAAAAACCAAAACAACAUAAAAAGAUCCCAAACAAAACCCUUCAAAAAUUAAAUAUAAACAUCUCCACUUACGCAAGUGUUUCCAGUAAACAAUCAGAACACUUUUUUAAUAGAAGUAUCUUCUAGAAUACAUCACUAUUUUUAUUUAUAUCUUUGCCUCCUGAAAGGUAUAUGAAUUUUUGUUCUACGGCUUUUUCAGAACAGGUGUGAGUUGUGUAUUAGGAAGAAUAUUAAUAGAUUAAGGAUUCAUGCGAGGAAUUUUUAACCACUUUGCAGUAAAUUUUAUUGAGGAACUACAUGCACAUAGAGUUUGUAUAUGAAUCCAUAUGUGUGUGCAGGUUCUGCAAUUUGCAUGCAUGAGUACUAAUAAACGAAGAACUUCUGUGAGAAAAGCUGUCCACAGAAAUGGGUUUCACUUGAAAACGUGUCUGUCUAAGUUGCUGACAGGCUGAAAGACAUGAUGUUUCCUGAAUAUAUCUGUAUUUACUCUAAUACAUACACAGUGACUGAUGCACGGUAGACUUAAAAAUGAGUUUGUCGUGCUUCAACAGAUACAGUAAUCUUUUCCUGGUGAUUUCAAGUGGAAGAACAGCUUGAGUAAUACUUAAUCAAAGGGACUCUUUCUAUAAUAAUAGACUGCCAUAAUAAGUUUUAUAUUUUUUGUGGGUACUUAGUUCAUCUGAAUUGUGUCCUUUCUCUGUUUCCUUCUCUCUGCACUGCUCUGGAAAUCAGUGAGUGAAACACAAAAGAUCUGUUUGGUCCCCAAACAGCACUAACAGAGCUGUUUCUGCCACUGCAUGAUGUCCUGUGUGAAGCCCACACUCCAUCCUCUGUGAGAGUGCCAAAAAUGGACUGAGAUGCUGUUUAGGCACUCGGCCUCAAGACACUUAAUUCAGACUGUCAGCUGUACAGGGUUGCAAAUGCUAGAAUUCUCUCAGCAGAGCCAAAAUCUUGGUUUUGGACCAAGGGACUUUAUUCUGUUCCUGAACAGGUUUUUCUUAGUGCUGCUGUUUAUAACAAAUGGAGUUGCAGGUCUGUGGGACAGCUCUUUGCAGUAUAGUCCCUGUUGGUUGGCCGGGGUGGCUGUUGUGUGUUGAGCUGCUUGGGUGCUCAAGCCCUACAAAGAUGUGCCUGUAAACAAGGAAGUGCCAACACUUCUGGUUGUUUUGGGAGGCAGCCUGAUUCACUCAGCAUAUUCACACCAUUCCUGACAUGGACAAAGACAGCUUAGAUUUUAGUUCAAAAGACAAGCAGAAAAAGUUGUUGUCUUGCCCAUCUGUUCAUCAUAAUCUAGUUGACAACUUUACCCUAGAGAUGAGAAACACAGCUUUUUGCCUUCUUCUGGCUUAGCAAGUGGAUGAUAAUGAGUGCACUCGACUCUCACUUCCCCAGAAAAUGCUCUGACCGAUGUGCUCAGGAAUAUUUUUGAAGUUGCCACUUCUGAGCCUCUUUCAAAAUUACCACUGCACGCUAAAGAUGCAAGCUUAAGGGGACAAAAGAGAUUAAAGCAUUAAAAGUGCAUAAACAGUCUCUGGGAGUGGACUAAGACUUUUCAGAAAGAAUCUGUUCCUGGUGAGCUUCAGUGUCCUUUCAUACUAUUUUUUUCAUCCUUUAGUCCUAUUUGGAUAAAUACAUUAAAAAUGUUCAGGGUAAAAUCAGCUCUACCCAGUGCUAGAAGAAUUUUUCUUCAGUCUGUCAGUCAGCAGAGAAAUACACAGCUCAAGAGCAGUUUGGAAUACUUUUCUAUCUUCACUGGCUUUCAUUGGGGUGCAGGCUGAGGUUCAUGAACAUACUCUGAAUGCCCUGCCUGGGGUAGAUUGGUCAUUUGCCUAGCCUGCGUUGUUUGACUACCAGCUAAACUUCCAUGGAGAUGAUGGCUUAAAAUCAUAACACUGGCAGAACCAAUCUUGCCUCUGUCAGCUUCAGCUGCUCAAAAUGAGGCAUUGCAGUUCUGACUCAGAGAAAAUGUAAUGAUCCUCUGAAAGAUCUCAAGCAUUGCUUAAAAGCUGUGCUGAGCUGGAUACAGAAUAGGUCCGAAGAUCAGUGCACAGAGUAAUAAUGAGUAAAGUUUUAUCAGUAAGGAUCUCCAUGCCUUCAACUACUUGCCAGUAUUCCAGAAAAGCAACACUGAAGUUCCUGUAUUUCACUGAAUGAUUUUAUAAUGUAUUCUGGGAUUAAUUCUUUGAAAUAUAAUUAUUUCAAAAUGGUAUUUCAAAGUAGGAUAUAUUGUAGAAGUUCCAGCUAUUCAGAUGUCUCUUGCAGUGAGAAUCCAUCAGAAACCUGAGGUAUCGUGUAAAUUCUGUAUCAUCUUAAAAUUGAAAUAGCAGUAUUGCCACCAGCACUCUGAAAUAAUGUACAGCUGUUUGUGUAGCACUUUCUAUUCUAUUCUUCAACAGCAUGUGAUGGUGAUGAAUGGUAGCCUUUAAUAUGUGACUUUUUGUGUCUUCUUUUUCAAAACUUUUUCAUAGCUAUCCCAAGUUUUAAUUUAGGAAAAUUACCAUUUUUAAUAUACAAAAUUAAUACUUGUGCUAACAUUGAUGAGUGAUCUUAGAGUAAAAAAAAAAAAAAAAACCAAACAAAAAGGCCAGAGGUGCAAUGAGGAAAGUUGUCUGAAGUAAUGUGACAGUUGAAAACCAUUUCAGUUGAAUGUAAAAGUAGUAGGGCAAACAUUUAUUUUUUUAAAAUAUUUCAGGAUACCUUGACAAUAC